AUGCCAGGGUUUGAUUUUUUGAACGUGCCUGGAAUUCCUCCAUCACGUGAAGGAACUACCCCUCCUCCUCCUAAUGUUUCCUUCGGCGCAUCCAAUCCAACCCCUUCACAUGAACCAAAACCGAAUUCCAAUCCUCGGCAUCAACAGUUUGAUGCGUUGUUUGACCGGAUCAAUAGUAGCAUUAAAUCGGAACAAUCUGCUAGCAAAGAAUCGUUGAACUCAAUUUCUUCAGCUUCUAAGGAUAGUACCACCCAGGGGGUCACAAGUUCCAGAGAUUCCCCUGAUAUAGAGAAUGACGUUUCCGUCCCCCUGUCGUUGACAGCAAACCAGCUAUCGGAAGAAGAAGUUAAGACCUACUUACGGUGGUAUAAUGACAUUGUCACCAGUAGAGGCACGAAAACUGUAUCCAUUGAUGAUGUGUUCAAAUUCAUGAACAAUUUUCGAAUAGAACAUAAAGAUAAGAUCCGCAAGUUAUUUAACUCUUGCCUCAACGGUUUGAAUAUAGGACAAUUUUUUGCGCUCUUGAGACUUAUUUCUCAUGUUAUAUUAGGCAAAUAUCCCUUAAGAUCAAUGAUCAAAGUAAUUGCGCCAAUCCCCAAGCCGGUGUCAAUCCUUGCUUCUCGCAAGAGACAGCAGAUAGAAGAUGAAGAAUCAGAGAUUGACGAAGAAAUGGAUGGUCAGGAAUCACUACCAGAUAAAAAUUCUAAUAGAAAGUUGGACCUUGACAGCUUUACACAGUUUUUAUUGACUGGAGAGAAACCAAGAGAAGAAACGAAAAGAAGGAAAAAAAAUGCCAAAUCAGUAAAAUUUUCUGACCAGCUAAUAAUUCAAGAUAAUGGACAUCUUAAUGAGGGUGAUAAUUCCAACAUAGAUUUCACGCUACCAAUGGAACAAUUACUGGGUAGAGUUCCACCACAAAACGUAUCGCAUUUUCAGCAUACCCAUGACGAGGAUGAAGAGGAAGACGAAGAGGAAGAAUUAAAAGAAAUGGGAGACUCUAUCAACCACUUCCAGAAUGUUAAAAUAGAUAGCGUGUUACUAGAUGGUGCACAUACCACUCUCCCUGAAGUUAAGGUUUCCUCUGAAUCUGGAGACGAUAGACCACUCUACUUUCCUAAUAUAGAUACUUUGUCUCCCACACAGGGAAAUUUCUUGCAACCACAUUUAACGGGAAGCGCUCCUAAGCAAGUUCGUCAAUCUAUACGUUCACCUCCACCUCCACCUCCAGUUUCACGUCAAAGAUCUAAAUCGCUGGACAUUAAUUUUGAAGAUAGAACUCAACGAGAGGCACAUGGUGCAUCCCCACAACCAAGUUCACAAGCUCCUACAGUUCCACCUCUUCCACCACCAAGUCGAAGGUCGCGUUCCAACGCUGAGAUACAAAUACAACAGCCACCUACUCUACGCUCACACUCACAUGUUUUGGCACCUCAAAAUUUCGUUUCUGCAAGUGAUGACAAUUUGGCUUAUCGCACCAAAUCUCAAGAGGAAAAUACUACUGACAUGAGACAGGUUCUCUCAAAUAACAGCUCUGCGGAUAUUCUUGGAGAUUUGCAGUCGUUGCAAGCCGAGUUAGACAGGAUAAAACAAAUGACUAGAAACAUAUAA